UAAAUCUAAAAUAUCUUAAACUGUGUCUGAAGAUAAACGGAGGUCUUACGGUUUGAAACGACAUGAGGGUGAGUUAUUAAUGACAUAAUUUUGAUUGUUGGGUGAACCAACUCUUGAAAUUGUUUUUAAUUAUGUACUUUAAUAUGGAAUUUGGUCACAUUGCAGUUUUGCUGUUAUUUAACAAUAUAAUCUUGACUUCAUGCUGUAUGUUGAAUAAAAUAUGUAUAUUUAACAGCUAUAACUCACUAAAGGAAACAUUUGUCAAUAUAUUACACAACUAAUUACACAGAAAAAGUAAGUUAUUUGGACUCUUGAAUGUUAUUGUAGAUUUAAAACAUUCUCUAGCUUUGAUAGCAAAUACAUUAGAAGUUAUUUGUCACUGCAAUACAGCAAUCGCUCACUGAGUGGAGCAAUAUACACAAACAUAACACAUGCAGGCAACCACCAGCACUACUCUUCAGCACAACAGUAACCACAGAAGCAUAACUGAACUCUAAACACUAAACUAUAUGAUGCAUGACAUUAUUCCACUUCAUAGGCCUAUAGCCUUCAGACUUCUAAUGAACAGAAGAAGUGAAUGGUCUGUUCUAAUGAGGGACAUCCCAUAUGCACACAUAUUUUACAGAAAUGUGACAUAGUUUACCUUCAAAGGCUUAUAGAGAAGUGUAAUCUAGUCAGUGGGGAAAUAAUAUCCAUUUCUUGCAAUAAAGCACCUAAGGGCACCACCUCUUGUUCUCUAGUGCUCCAACAACACACCUGUCUGUAAUUAUCAAGUGCUCCUGAAGAUCUUUAUUUGUUGCUUCAGAUGUUUAUCUAGUUUCUGAGGGUCAUAUAUGUGAUGUGAUUUAACCACAUUUAGCGAGAAGGCGUUAGCUCCCUUUCAUAAGUGCCCAGAAAGAAAUACCAUUAUUUUACUACUUGGGUUUCAUUUUUGAGCAUUUUGAGUUUGGAUUCACACUUUGUUUGUGUGUGCUGGUACUGUAGGAGUUUAAAUAAUUUUUUUUUUAUUUUUUACCAAUGUUGCUAACAUGAAUUAGCGUGUUGCUAGCAUGUUUUAUCAUGUUGCUAGCCGCAUAUUGUUAGCUCACUGCUAACAUGAAUUAGCAUUUUGAAAUUUGUAACAUGAUCUAAGAGACUGCUAGCAUUGUUUAACGUUACUUUUGAUUCAGCCCAUUGCUAACAUGUUUUAUCAUGUUGCUAGCCGCAUAUUGUUAGCUCACUGCUAACACGAAUUAGCAUUUUGAAAUUUGUAACAUGAUCUAAGAGACUGCUAGCAUUGUUUAACGUUACUUUUGAUUCAGCCCAUUGCUAACAUGUUUUAUCAUGCUGCUAACAUUAUUUAUCUAUCAUGCUGCUGGCAAUUUAACAUGUUUCUAGCAUAAGAAAACAUCAUUUACCAUGUUGUUCCAUUAUAUACACAUUGUAAGUAUGAAUUUUCAUGUUACUUACCUUAUUUAACAUUAACGGCUAACAUUACUUAGUACAUUGUUGGCCUGUUUUAACAUGCUACUAGUGUGUGUUACUGUACACCCCCCCAUGAAUGCCCUACUUUCCUAGUUUUGGUCAUUUGGUUUACCAAAACAUUGAAUUGAUGAGAAAAAGAAAAUACAGCAAUCAGAGUCAGACCGGUUUGAAGGUCUGAGCCAGGUUUGGUGCUUCGCUUGAAACUGACUAGAUUUAGUCUCAGAAGAAGAAAUAGUCGAUCAGUAAUAAAUCCUCUAAUGGGAUCAAGUCAAUCCAACAAUUUUAAGGUCAAUAUGUAAAUUGGAUUCUGACUUGUGUAUGAAUGGUACAUUAUCCUGGAUUUCGUGAUCUGAAAUAAACCAUAUUGGGUUGGGAGGAAAAUACAUGGUUGUCAGUGUGUACUGUGGUUGUUUAUGUGCAUGGAAAACUCUGUGCAGCUACAUCUGAAUUUACAGGCAGUGUAUUAUCUCAUGCAAAACCACAACUGACAAUGGCGUUACAUAAACAACGUGUUUUCACAGCCCAAGACAGAAAAGUAGCAGGUAGAAGCGAUUACGAAGGAAAUGGCAAGCAGUUUAUAUAGCAGGAAACGAAUAGUGGUUUAAGUCUUCACUUCAUGCAAGGAACCUGACAAGACAUGAAAAACAUAAUUUUCUUCUGUGUACUUUGGUUUGGAAACGUCCAAAUUCCUUCAAGUGGUGCAUCUAUAUCAAUUCAAGGGUCUUCUGAUCUGCUGAGAGUGCAGAAGGGAGAAAGCAUCAUUCUGAAAUGCAACAUGAGAAGCCGAUAUGAGAUCGCCUGGUAUCACCUCAGAGCCAACCGAUUCAAUCUACUGAUUUCUGCACAGACUGACAUAACGGGGAGAAAAUUUCUGACCACUUACAAUCAAAUCCAAACUCGUCUGAAAAUUGCUGCAGACCCAUGGAUCACCAGAGCCACGCUAGAGAUUUCUGGAGUAACCGAGUCAGAUUCAGGUCUUUAUUUCUGUGGAACAAGGUCUAACACUACCGAGAUGCACUUCGAUCGACCCAUCAGACUAGAGAUCGAGGGUCAACAAGCCGAGGAUUUGAGUACCGAACGGCCAAAAGAAGUUGACGACACAGAGGUGACGCUGACGGAGCGUGUGCUGAUGUUUGGUGGUGUCGGGCUGGCUGCGUUUGUGUUUUUUCUGGUAACAGUCAUUGCAGGAGGACUCCUUCACUAUCAUGGUUGGCAGAAAGGAUGGAGCGCAGCCAAACAUGCUGGUCCUGCUGAUCAAAAAUUACCUUAAUGACACAUUUAUGUGCUUUAUUUUAAAGACACAAUAAAUCUCUGGACCCCGUAUUCACAAAACAUUUUAUCUUACCACUAAGAGUUCUCCUAAAUAGCAGUAAAAGUUUUUAGAUAAGUGUCACUAAUUAAACAAGUAGGCUAUAUAUUCAGCUAAUUGUCAGCCUCUUAUAUGUAUGCUUCUCAUAAACAAUUAGUCAAUAUGCAUUAGGGCUGCCCUCGAUACAAGGUUUUUCUGGCCUCAUUGUUUUUCUAUUUAAAUUGGUUCAUUUUGAAAAAGCUUUCCAUAUAUAUUUUUAUUAAUGUCUGUAAUAAAGCAAGCAUCCACACAGUUUUGUAGUGAUGCACUCAAGUUCACAGAGUCGGAGACUGCAGAAAGCGCUUCAUGUUUGCUUUAUUUUACAAAAGCACAAAAUUUUGUUAGUGCACACAAAUAAAUUUAGAGUCUUUACAGUUAGAAAAAUGUUAUUACUCUUAUCUGUAUGACCAAAAAUGUAUAUUUUUGUAAAUGUAUUUUAACACUUUAUGUGGAAUUUUAUUUUCCUAAGCGCCUAAUACCAAAACAAUUCGAAAACAAGUUUCUAAAAAUGUUUCUAUUCCGAGGUAGACUGCUGGGAAAAGCCAUUUUAGGGUAUUUCAGAUUUGGUCUUAGUGAUUUAGGAGUCCUCUACACUACUCCUAACAUUUCACAGGUUUAGGAGCUAUUUUUAAGCUUUGUGAAAUACUCCUAGAGAAAAAUUUAGGAGUCCUAAAAUCAGUAAGUUAAGAGCUACUUUUAGCCUUAAGAUGUUUUGUGAAUACAAGCCCUGGCUCAAAUGUCUUUUCCUGCUGGCCAGAUCUUUUCAUUUUAGAAAAGUUGAGACACUGAGCACCAGUAAAAAAUUUUAUCUUAAUAAUUAUUUCUGUCUCUUUAACCUAUCUUUGUCUUCAAAUGUGAUCUUAUUUAGAGAUUUUAAUAUUUGUAUUGAUAAUGCAGAUAGUAUAUCUGCAAGGGAUUUUUAUUGUGACUAAACAGCAUUGAUUUAAAAAAAAUGUAUGCAUUUUCCUACCCAUUAAAAUAUGCUGCAUGAAUCUUGUGUGUUGUUCAGGUGUAAUUCCUUAUAAUUGCAUUAUUUCCGAUGUGUCUUUGUCAGAUCAUAUGCUGCUGUCCUUGAAUGCUCAGUUACCUGUAUUCAAACUCAAUCUAUGUCCUUCCAUUAUAUUUUGGAAAAUAAAGAACAUUGAUGUCUCAGUUUUUGCUGAAGGACUUGCAACUCUUUCUCGCAUUGGCCAUUUUUCAACUGCAGAUUAACUGUUUUUGCAUUGGAUUCACAUUUACAAUUUGUCAUUUAGCAGAAAGACAGUUGUGGUUUUGUAGGCGAACAUCAAUGCCUUGAAUUGUAUGCGAGUAGCUAUUGGUUGCCAGUGCAAGUUGGUAAACAGAGGUGUGACGUGUAUUCUUUUUGGCUCUUUGAAAAUGGAUCUUGCUGCCGUGUUCUGGAUGAAUUGUAAAUGUUUGAUAGAAUGGAUGUUUUUCCAUUAUCCAUUCAUUUCAAUUUGGAAAAGUCCUUCAAGCUGUUGUCACAGUUUGUGAAGUUCUAUCAGGUCCAUCCAAGCCAUUGUGGGUCUCAGGGUUUCUAGAUCUUUUAGGCUUGGAGUUCUGGAUCUCGUACAUCUGGAAAUCUCUCGAUUUAUGGUCUGGAUCAUUACUCUGUUCUUGAAAAAGUCCCUUCUCUUGUGGAAGACCCAUGGCUCCAUUGGUUUUGCCGGCCUUCUUGUUCUUCAGAUGACUGCAUCAUCUUUCUCUAGGAGAAUACACAUUUCAAACAAACAUCUCGAUGCUAUAUGUUAUACCUAAAAUGAGAUAAAAAAAGAAGAUACCUCCCCCUUCACCCACAAAAAUCUUUUUACAUCCAAAACAUCACAGCUAUAGACAUUUUAUGAAAGAAUGCAGUUAAAUUAUUUAUCAUAAAUUGUAUUUAAAAAACAAUGCCAUUAACACAAUUGUUAUGAAUUGUACAGAAUCAUCCCCUUUUUAAUUGAUUUGAUUUGUCUAGAAUAUAAUACAAUCAUAAAACAAUUCCUCCAAUCCCCUCAGCAUCUGUUUGAGAUUGUGGUUCAGUCAUGUUGUUUAUGCGGUGC